GAAAUAGAGCUGGAAAAGAACAUUUACCAUUUCUCCAUCGAUAAUCCGAUCAAGACAGCUAGCGUAUUGUGAUUUGCACAUUUCCAGGUGCAUCAUUGUGUGCUGUCUUACUGUGAUUCGUGUGAGGAGAGUCACUGAGAAAGGGUGACAUCAGGUUAACCUACUGAAAUGGCCGGUCAGUACAGUUACUCCAACACAGAGGCUGGUUCAGAUGAAGAGGGACAAGAGGAUUGGUCAGAUACUGGAUGGGCUCAACCAAUCAAUGCAGACCUUAAUUUAAAUCUGCAGAGCUUCACACAGCACCAUGACAACAACCAUCAUGAUGGUGACACUGGGAUCACCAAGCAAGAGAUACAUGACUUGAAAACAGAAGCACUGAAUGUGCUGUCUUCAGGGAAACAAACUGGGGUGACUCGUAUGGGGCUUAAUGACAAUAAGGCCGGAAUGAAAGGCUUGGACAAAGAACGCAUCAACCAGAUCAUAUUUGAAGCAUCAAAAGGAUCACGAUUCUAUGAAAAUGAGAAAAAGAAAGAAGAGCAAAUGAAGCUGCGUAUACUUGAGCAGAAAGUGAAAGUGGAAAGUCUGACAGAGGAACAACUUUGCCAGGGUCUGAUCCAAGCAGACAAACUUUUGGAGGAGUUGAAGACUGACCGGAAACUAGAUCGUUAUAUUGUACAUAUUGACAUGGAUGCGUUUUACGCUGCCGUGGAGAUGCGUGACAACCCAAGCCUUCGAGAUAAGCCAAUGGCAGUUGGAGGAUCAUCAAUGCUGUCUACCUCAAACUAUCAUGCCCGUCGCUAUGGCGUCCGGGCAGCCAUGCCUGGCUUUAUUGGCAAGAAACUCUGCCCAGAGCUAGUGAUUGUUCCAUCGAACUUUGAGAAAUAUACAGCUGUUAGUAAACUGGUGAGAAACAUCCUGGCUGAAUAUGAUCCAAACUACAGUACCAUGAGUCUGGAUGAAGCUUACCUAGAUUUUACUGACCAUGUGCAACAACGACAAGGACUGGAGGUCAAAGGGCGGACAUUCUUGGCGCGCACAAAUGAUCACUUUGACAAAGACGGUUGUGUUUGUGAUCCGAAUUGUGCGAUAAGGGAGUGGCUUCUCUCCCCUGAUGGUCCCCCGGCACAUGUUCUGAAGCAUGGUAACAUCCUAGAUGUCAACAUCCUGCUACAGGAGUCAGCCACAGAUGAUGAUGUGCCUGCUGAAUUGACUGGAGAGCUGUGCUUUCGGUGCAACAAAAAACGGGCCAGUGUCAGAGUGGAAGUGUUUGGGCUGUCAGUGGAAGAAGCUGUGAGGGAAAUGCGUUUUCGCAUUGAACAGAAAACCCGUCUUACAGCCAGUGCAGGUAUAGCACCAAAUACCAUGUUGGCCAAGGUUUGCUCUGACUAUAACAAACCAAAUGGCCAGUUCAGGGUGCUGCCAACCAUAGAGGCUGUCACAGCAUUUGUUAAUAACCUCCCAAUCAGAAAGGUCAGUGGAAUAGGGAAUGUGUCCGAGAAGAUGUUGAAUGCCGUAGGGGUGGAGCUUUGUUCCCAUCUCUACCAGAAGAGGGCGCUACUGUACUUCUUGUAUUCCCCAAUCUCCUUUAACUACUUCAUGCGAGUUUGUCUGGGCAUUGGUUCUACAAGAAUAGAGAGAGAUGGGGAAAGGAAAAGUUUAAGCACGGAGAGGUCUUUUAGUGAAAUCAACAAACCAGCUGAUCUGUUUCGAAAGUGUGAGGAACUGUGCACUGCAUUGUGGGAAGACAUUCAACAAGAACAGCUGAUGGGUAAGACUGUGACGCUGAAGCUGAAGACGGUGGGGUUUGAGGUAAGGACGCGUGCUCAGACCCUCCCUGAUUACACCAACAGUAGAGACGUGAUACUGGAGGCAGCACUGGACCUGCUGAAGGGAGAGAUACAGGCCUGCUACCCUCAGCCCCUCAGGCUCAGACUUAUGGGUGUCAGACUGUCAACACUGCUACAUAGCAGCCAUUACUCCAGACAACAUCAGAAGACAAUAAAAGGGAUGUUCAAACAGAGACAGACUAAACAGGAGUCGGAUCUGGGUUCAAUCGUCUCCACAGUAUCUGCCAAUAAUGUGGCACCAGAGUGCUCAAGCCUGUCCGCACAGUCAGCUGAAGCUGCUGGGUUACCAACAGGCACUUUUAGUGUGCCUACUACAGCCAGUACUGACUCAGAACCACAGACCAGCCACAAUGACACGGUGAAGCUGAAGACUGGAACUGUUUUUAGAGAGAAUAGACUAUCUUCUAUGUCUGACUCAGACUCCAGAUCACCCUUUGUAGGAUCAGCAUCAUCACUCAACAUGAGUGCUUCAGAUGCCUUAAGUUUACCUGAGGACAAAACUAAAAGUGAGUCACAGAAAAAGCUGGAUGACUCAGUUUCUCAAUGGACUCGUCAGAAGAGGAAGGAUUAUGCUGGAAGUCUGUUGACUCAGGUUCCGAAAAAGCUUGCUUACACAUGCCCAGUUUGUAAUAAGGAGGUUCUCACAAGUGGUUUGAACAACAUGAAUAAACAUGUGGACAAGUGCCUGGCAAAAGUGAAUCAGGAUGGUGCUGGUGCUGAUCAAACAACCAUAUCGGAAGCUGGUCAGGAUGGUGCUGGUACUGAUCAAACAACCAUAUCGGAAGCCGGUCAGGAUGAUGCUGGGAUGGAUCAAACAACUAUAUCGGAAGCUGGUCAGAAUGGCCCUUGUGAUGGUCAAACAGUUGCAGUAGAAGCUGGGUCUUCAGAAUGUGAUGCAUUUAUUUCUUCGAAGUUUGCAAAAUCUGCCUUGAAAAAUGAUACGAAGUCAAGACUUCCUUCAAUGAAUCCUGAAAAAUUAAUUUCUGAGGUUGUACAUGUGCCAAAAUUGCCAUUAUGUAGCAACCUGUCAAAGGAGCAGAUGACAGAUGAUUGCCUUGGUGAAAUUUCCUCAAGCAUGUCACGUGGAGAAAAUCUUGAUCGUGAGGUGAACUCCAGAGGCCAGCAGAAUCAUGACAGUGAUGAAAUUGAGGAAAGCGUAUGUAUGAGCGGUGACAGAAAUCCAGUGGACCGAACAGACACGUUGGAACCAGACAGUGUGGGGAUCAGCAAUGAGUCUGAGUCCAUCGAGAGCCUGCAGUUACAAACUGAGAGACAGAGGUACAGGUGUCCUGUAUGUAACAUUGUCCUCAAUGUGUCGUUAGGCAGAUUUAACGACCAUGUUGACAUGUGUCUCAACCAGCCCACUAUUUCCAGUAUCUUGAGGGAACCUAAUCAACCAUCAGAGGACAGCAAGAGACAAAAACGACUCUCUGUGGACGAGUCAUCUCCAGUGUCAGCUGCCAAGAGGAAGAAGAGCUCCAAUUCUCCCAAGUCAAGAUCUAUUAUGUCUUACCUGAAACGUUAG